AUGCCAAUCCGCACGAAACCUCUCAUAUUCGGGCUGGCGACCGUCCUCAUCUUCGCGUUCUUGGUUCAUACACUCAAAGCGCACUUUUUGGUCUUCCUGUCCUCGACUGGGCAGCUUGGUUUUGUGCAGGAGCUUUUGCGUGCUAAAUCCUCCUCUUGGUUUGUCGGUGUCGGGUCCGCCAGUGGUCCUUCUGGUACUUCAACUACUAGCUCACGCGCCCACGAGAACGCCGGUAGUACGCUUGAAGACCUGAUACGGCAGUACAAAGGUGAUAGGACACCUUUUACACGACGGAUUGUUGCUGUUGGGGAUUUGCAUGGUGAUUUACCGAAUGCGAGGAAGGUGUUGAAGUUUUCGGGUGUGGUUGAUGAGGAGUAUAAUUGGUCGGGGGAGGUGGAUUAUUUUGUGCAGACUGGGGAUAUAAUUGAUCGAGGCGACGAUACGAUUCCGCUGUUCUUUUGGAUGGACCGUUUGAGGGAACAGGCGAACCAGGUUGGUGGGACCGUACUCUCGCACCUUGGGAACCAUGAAUGGAUGAAUAUGAUUGGUGACUGGAGAUACGUAUACCCAACGGAAAUCAAGACAUUCGGUUCCGUCGCCGCUCGUCAGCGCAUGCUGAGUACAGGCAGGAUCGGCCGGUCCUGGGCUGCCAACUACACCACCGCCUCCCGACUCCCCCUGCACCCCUCCCUGGGUCCUCCCAACACCCCCUACCCUCCACCCAACUCCCCACACGAAGUGCAUUUCGAGAAGGAAGGCGCCUUAGACGAAGUCCUCGACGACCUGCACGAACAGGAACACCACCUCGAAUUGUUCUACGAUGAUAAACGUGACCCGUUAUCGCAUGCUGCGAUCUCGUUUGUGCAUGGUGGGCUUUCGCCGACGUAUGAGGAGCUUACGCCGUUCCCGAGUAAGAUCAACGAGCUUUCGACGAGUUUGAUGAGGAAGUUGCAGAGGAGGGCGCAGCCGCCGCCGCACCCCCCGAAUCCGUAUCCUGGAUUGCCUGCUUCGACGACGAAAGAAGAGGCUCGGUUGUACGACUCGAAUGGUCCGCUGUGGUAUCGCGGGUGGGCGAUGGGUGAUGAUGAGACUGUGUGUUCCCAGGUGGAUGGUGUUUUGGCGAGGACUGGGACGAGGAGGAUGAUUAUGGGGCAUACGCCUGACUUCCAUAACAUCGUCUCAAGAUGCAACGGCAAAAUCAUCAUCAUCGAUACAGGCAUCUCGCACGCCUACGGCGGCGUCCUCUCUGCCCUCUCGAUCCACUACGAGCUGCACCCGGUGGGCGACGAUGGGGAUGAGAGGUGGGUGGAGAAGGAGGUGGUGGAGGCGUUGUAUGCGGAUAAGAGGGAGGUGUUGGAUAGUGCGGUUAGGGAGGUUGUGGGGGAUUUUGGGGUUGGGGAGUGGAAAUAG